GUGAAUCGCAGGUUUCUGGCGGAGCGGGUGGGCGCUUUUCUCCUCCUCCCGCUCGCAGGCACCUCGGCGCGGCCCCUGCCGCGGCCCGUUCCGCCGGGGGUAGCUGGCUCCGGAUGGCGUAGCCGGGCUGCAGCCCUGGAGCGCAGGGAAGGUUGUUGCCCGUUUCCUCUGCAGUUGCUCCGGGGGGUGUCCCGGGUUGACAGACCCGCUGAGAGACGUGACCAUGAUGGAGUCCCAGAAUCGCAAAAGAGCCCAGCAUGGACCGAAUGAGAAGUACGGAAUCUGUUUGCUGUAUGGGGAGACGAAAUGCCCAAACAUUUGGAAAAAAUCUCAAAGGGCAUGAAGGACAGAGGCUAUAACAGGGACCCGCAGCAGUGCCGUGUGAAACUUAAGGAACUGAGGCAAGCCUACCAAAAAACCAGAGAAGCAAACGGCUUCCAGGUUGAGCUGCAUGCCAUUCUAGGUCAUGCAGCCACCACUACCCUACCCCUGUGCUUUGAUUCUGUUAAUGGAGUAGCACGCAACAGGGAUGCAAGUUUUGGGGACGAGGAAGAUAGCUCACAGCAAGGAAGCGAAGAAACCAUUAUCUCUGGACCUGGAGUUAGUACCCCCCAAACCUACUCAAGGCUGCCUUCCGGACCCACCAGGCGUAGAAGGGACCUCUGUAGAUAAUUAAAAGUCUGGAAGACUUGAUUUCAAAGCAUAUAUCACUGAUUUCAAAGGAAGUACAUCUACAUGAAGAGCUACAAAAGGAGUUGAUCUGAGAAGACCCAGUGUUGCAAAAAUGACUUCAAGUUGUGUGUUUCCAGUGUUUGCUUUGAUGAUUUUGUGUUUAGCAGCUGCAGGUCCUGUGCCUAGGAGUGAAUGUGUGUUAUCGGCUGUCAACAGUUCCCACCCAGUUCAUGCCUUGCUGGAGAGCUUUACCGUCUUAUCUGGUUGUGCAAGCAGAGGCACAAUGGGCCUGCCACAGGAGGUGCACAUCCUCAACCUCAGAAAUCCAGAGGAAGGUCUUGACCAUCAUGAAAAAGAGGUCACGUUACAUUUGAAUCCUAUUUCCUCAGUGCACAUUCACCAUAAGCCUGUGGUGUUUCUGCUCAACUCUCCUCAGCCCCUGACCUGGAAGCUGAAAACAGAAAGAUUGGCAUCUGGAGUCCAAAGAUUUUUUUUCGUAUCUCCAGGUUCCAUUGUUCAAUUUGAGAAGGGAAAUUUCUCCUUGGCAACAGAAACUGAGGAAAAGCCGUUCCCUCAGGGAAAUGAACAUCUGUUACAGUGGGCCCAAAAGGAAUAUCGAGCAGUCACAUCUUUCACUGAACUCAAAAUAUCGAGAAACAUUUACAUCAAAGUGGGAGAAGAUCAAGUUUUUCCUCCCACAUGCAAUAUAGAAAAGAAUUUCCUCUCUCUGAAUUACCUUGCGGGAUAUCUACAACCAAAGACAGCGGAGGGGUGCCUUAUGUCUGCCACAGACCAAGAAAGAGAGGUUCAUAUAAUUGAAUUAAUCACUCCAAACUCCAAUCCCUACAGUGCUUUCCAGGUGGAUAUAAUCAUUGACAUUAGACCAUCUCAACCAGACAUCAUGCUUGUCAGGGACCUCAUACUUAUCCUCAAGUGUAAAAAGUCUGUCAAUUGGGUUAUCAAGUCACAUGAUGUUCAGGGAAAACUGGAAGUGAUUGCACCAAACAGUAUUGGCUUUGGAAAAGAAACGGAACGAUCUAUGAUUAUGACUAAAUUAGUAAUACCUGAUAUUCCCUCGUCUCAUGAGAAUUUGAUUAAGUGGGCUUAUGACCAUGGCUAUAGCCCAAUUACUUCCUACACAAUAGCUCCUGUGGCUAAUAGGUUCCAUCUACGAAUUGAAGACAGUGAGGAGAUGAAUGACGAAGACCACCAUUUUUUUCCCCCAGAGCUGACCAAACUGCCAGAUAACCCUCUGCCUGCUUUGAAGGAGCCCACAUUAAGCGACGGCUUGGGUUUUCCUUUUCACAUUAACAGAGGAAGGCACGAUACGGUGGGAGAAGGAAUCUCCUUACCAAGGGAUACAGAAGACACAAUAAUGAGUCGUUUCUAUGAGCAACUGCUUCAAGAAUCUGAAGAACCUGAAGAGGUGCAGGGAAGCAUUGAUGUAGCCCUCUCAGUAAAAUGUGAUGACAACAUGAUGACUGUUGCAGUAGAAAAAGACUCCCUGCAGGCUAAUGGUUACACAGGAACAGAACUCUCACUACUAGAUCCUGCCUGUAAAGCGAAGAUGAAUGGUACCCAUUUCAUUUUGGAAUCUUCUUUGCACAGCUGUGGGACUCAACAGAUAGACUAUGCCUUGGAUAACAUAGUUUAUUUUAACUCUAUUGUUAUUCAGCUGUCCUCACCAGUGGAAAGUAGUGGUUGGGGAAUUGAUGAUGAAGAUGUCGAAUCGGGUGAUAAUGGAUUUCCAGGAGACACUGAUGAAGCAGAUGCUACCUUUCCAAGCAGGCCUGAAAUAGUUGUGUUUAACUGCACACUCCACCAGGCAGAGGGUGGCAAACGCUCACCUAAUCCUGCGCCUCCUGAACCCCCAAUCAGCAAUGUGACCUUCAACAUGGAGCUUUAUAAAACAGAUCUCUUCUUCUUUCCCUCACAAGGACUCUUCUCCAUUGCUGAGAAUGGACAGAUUUACGUUGAGGUUUCUGUGACGAAAGCUGACAGAGCCCUGGGUUUUGCAAUCCAAACAUGUUUUGUUUCACCAUAUUCAAACCCUGAUAUGAUAUCUGAUUACACCAUCAUAGAAAACAUUUGUCCUAAAGAUGAAUCUGUUAAAUUCUACAAUGUCCAGAAGGUGGACUUUCCUAUACCACAUGCACAGAUGGAUAAAAAGAGGUUUAGCUUUGUGUUUAAACCUAUAUUCAACAUCUCUUUGCUCUUUCUUCAUUGUGAGCUGACGUUGUGUACAAAUAAAGAAAAAGACACACAAGGACUGCCGAAGUGCAUUCCUCCUGAUGAAGCCUGCACCUCACUCAAUGUUGAUAUGAUCUUGGCCAUGAUGCACAAUAAGAAAACUUUCACCAAGCCCCUUGCUGUAAUAACCCAUGAAGAAAAGCCGAAAGGUCCACCUGCUCACAAGCCAAAAGGUAAUGGGAUGCAGCCACCAGUUUUCUAUGGUCUGGACACUCUGACUGUUGUGGGCAUCGCCUUCGCAGCAUUUGUGAUUGGAGCACUGCUGACAGGAGCACUGUGGUUUAUCUAUUCUCACACAGGGGAAACAGCAGGAAGGCAGCAGGUCCCCACAUACCCACCAGCCUCUGAAAACAGCAGUGCCGCACACAGUAUCGGCAGCACACAAAGCACCCCCUGUUCUAGCAGCAGUACAGCCUAACCCAGGGGGAAAUGAGUCCAAGGAGCAUCAUAGGAGGGCAGAGGUUCAAAGAGACAAUUAGUUGACAUUAGCAGUCUAAAGUUGGAAGGAUUAAUUUGGUUUCUUUUGAGAAAGGAGGGAUUUCACUAUAGAAAAAAAAAAAUCACCUGAUCUGGAUAAAUACAGUCUUUGGACCUUUCUCCAGCCUGUUAUGCUACAGGAGACAAAGCUAUUAAUUCUACAGUACUGCAACCUGUUAAAACGGUGUGUGGGCUCUCAGUGUGAAAUACAUGCCAGUCUGAAAAAUGCUGCUUUGUCUAUACAAAAGAAUUUUUGGUGCCUAAACCGUUUCACUGACAAGGUGUUCGUAAAGGGAUUUCAACAAGAUAAGUAGAAUAAAGGAGAUCUUAGGUCAAAGGAUUCCUACACAUCAGAAAAAGUCUCAAGCUCAGAUUUACUUGGUUAAAAACCAUUUUAUUACUUCAGCUAUAUUUAACCACUUCAGAAUAGUGCCUUGUUUUCUUGAGCUUGACUGCUAUAGCAUCUUACCUACUUUUGUGUUUUGUGUACAGUUUCAGGUGUUUAAAAUGUGUUUGCCUUUCGUAAUUAUAAUGCUCACUAAAGCAACUUUCCCUUUCUUGUUCACUGGGCCAAAACUAUCUUCAGUUAGAGGUUUUUACCCACUAUGCCCUUAUACACACUAAGAUUAAAGAAAGAUAAUAUGCACUAAUGUUAAUGUGUGUAUACUUAAUGGUAUAUCUUUAUGCAAAUAUAUAUACCACCGUAUACAUAAUUUUACUUAAUCUAGCAUAUCUAUAUUUUUAGAAUGGGAAAAUGAUCUUAAUAUCCCACUCUACCCAUGAAGAUGUUGUUAGAUAUUUAUAAUUGGCUCUUUAGUUUAUAUGCAUAUUUUGAAAUUUAAUAUACAAAAGAAGUAUAUUAAAAUAUACUUGGCUCCGUCCUACAUUUUUUGUGUGCCCCAAAUUCCAGUUGACAUCACUGUGGUUUUGAGUGCACAAGGGAUAUACAACCGAGCCUAUCUAUAUAAAACACUGCAUAUAAAAAUUAAACUGCUUUUAAGAUAACAGUCCACAGUGGUUUGUGUCAAACUACUGGUUAGUGAUAUGAACUUUGCAAUUGGAUAUUCCCAAAGUAAUGUUAGAAUGUGAGGUGGGCAAUAAGGCACUACUUUUCAUAGUAUUAUUUUAGUGCUUUUGCCAUACUCUGACCUUACAAAAAAUCCCAAAUGGAGGGAAAAAUUAGAUGUGAAUUACUUUGAAUUUUAUGGUAUCACUUUGCAACUGUAAUAUGCUCUGAUUCCUCUGGGUUGUUUUUUUGUUGUUGUUUUUUAAGUGAAUGCUAUUCUCUUGUCACAGGAUAUGAAUGACUUCAGUAGAGGCUGCUUGUAUUCGACAGCAGGAGAAUAAGAUUCUUUAUAUUAGGGUGAUAUUCUCCUAAGUCUGAACUCAAUAUUUCUAUUGCUAACUCUACACUCAUGCCAUGUAUACAACUCAUAUUGUCAAUGGAUAUUCAGCCUGUACAAUGAGAUCAAAAUGUGCAAUAGAGAUACGUACUCAGGAUCAGAUAGCAGAAUUUUGCCCUUAAUUUUUUAAACACAUUUGGCUCUGAUCCUGCAAAUGCUUAUGCACAUGGAUAAACUUACAGACCAACCUGAUGUUGCAAGGAUUUAUCCAUGUACUUAACUUUAUGCCCUGUGAUCAGUCUCAGUGUCAAUGGGGACUGCUCCGAGUGAGUAAAGUUGAGCACAUGUGAAACCCUUUGCAAGAUCAGACCAAUGAAUAAUUCCAUUGAGUUCAACAGAAUGACUCACAUACAUAAGUGUUUGCAGGAUUGCGUCCUUCAUGUGGGGAGAACAAAUAUGCUACCUGUGUCUUUGAAAAUAAUGCGCUUUGCCUAACCUUCAGCAGAAUGUAUUGUGUAAGCAUAUUCUAUGUAUAAAAUCUUUAAAGAUGUCUUCAGAGAAGACUAAAUUCUUUAAGUCAAUCAUAGCUAUAUUUUACUACAUUAAAUUUGUGUAUAAAGAUAUAUUUAAGUGUUUUUAGAUAAAUUUAAAUUACUCUAUGUAUGUUUAAUUUCAGUUACUGUGAAUUUUACAUUUUUUGUAAAUUCUUAUUACCAUUUUAACCCUUUCCUUCUCAGAUUAAAAAAAGUAGAGUCUCAUAGGAAGUCUUAGAAAAUUCUGUUGUUGUGAUGGACAAGUUUAAGAUAGUUAAUUAGGGGUAGCCGUGUUAGUCUGGAUCUGUAAAAGCAGCAAAGAAUCCUGUG